AUGCCUCUACAGGUGUAUAUUGCUGCGCUCGUCGGCGAGCAUCAGUCGCUACUAUGCCUCUAUAGGUGUAUUGCUGCGCUCGUCGGCGAGCAUCAGUCGCUACUAUGCCUCUACAGGUGUAUUGCUGCGCUCGUCGGCGAGCAUCAGUCGCUACUAUGCCUCUACAGGUGUAUUGCUGCGCUCGUCGGCGAGCAUCAGUCGCUACUAUGCCUUUAUAGGUAUAUUGCUGCGCUCGUCGGCGAGCAUCAGUCGCUACUAUGCCUCUACAGGUGUAUUGCUGCGCUCGUCGGCGAGCAUCAGUCGCUACUAUGCCUCUACAGGUGUAUUGCUGCGCUCGUCGGCGAGCAUCAGUCGCUACUAUGCCUCUACAGGUGUAUUGCUGCGCUCGUCGGCGAGCAUCAGUCGCUACUAUGCCUCUAUAGGUGUAUUGCUGCGCUCGUCGGCGAGCAUCAGUCGCUACUAUGCCUCUACAGGUGUAUUGCUGCGCUCGUCGGCGAGCAUCAGUCGCUACUAUGCCUCUAUAGCUAUUUUGCCCUAGGGGUUUCUUCUAGCUAA